AUGUCGGCUACAGAUUCAAUAUGCACCUUGCAGUUAUGGAUCUCUCUCUUAUGCGCGCAAAUUUUUCCUCGUCUCCAAAAAAGGGAAGUAAGAGUCGAGGAGAAACUGAAGUUUUCCUCUGAUUUGCAGGUUCUUAAUCAGGACGAGACACCUUUACUCUAUAGUUUAGUCUUUGGGGAAGGUGUGGUGAAUGAUGCCGCAUCAAUAGUACUUUUUAAUGCAAUUCAGAAAUUCGACGUCUCAAAUAUCGACUCAAGAAUUGCCUUACAAUUUAUCGGAAAUUUCCUUUACUUAUUUGCGACGAGCACUCUACUAGGAGUUUUCGCAAGUCUUAAUCUCCAACCUAAGUAA